AUGGAUGUCGUGCUCGAAGUCACCGACACCUUCAUCGCCGACUAUGCCUACGCCUACCUCUUCCCGCUAAAGGCCGCGCUCUACAACUAUCCCGAUGCCUCUGCCAAUGCUUCGGCCGCGGCCCUGUCGUCGUGGUCCUACGAGCCUGCGACGCAGUACUUCCAGCUCGAGCCUAGCCAGGCGGCGUACAUGAGCUCCAUGACGCGAGACAACAUCUACCGCCAGGGAGCGACUCUCUUUCUGAUUACUUGGCUCUUCGGCAUCAUGGUCUACUUCAUCUUUGCUUCCAUGUCCUUCUUCCUCAUCUUCGACAAGCGCAUCAUGAACCACCCCAAGUUCCUCAAGAACCAGAUCUGGCUCGAGAUUGUCCACGCCAACCAGUCCAUGCCCUUCAUCGCCAUGAUGACGGCGCCGCUCUUCCUGCUCGAGGUCCGCGGCUACGGCAAGCUCUACGACGUCACCGAACAAGGCCCCGGCCUGUGGUACAACUUCUUCCAGUUCCCACUCUUCAUCGUCUUCACCGACUUCCUCAUCUACUGGAUUCACCGCGGCCUGCACCACUCGUCCGUCUACAAGACGCUGCACAAGCCUCACCACAAGUGGAUCAUGCCCACGCCCUUUGCCAGCCACGCCUUCCACCCCGUCGACGGCUUUGCCCAGUCCAUCCCCUACCACAUCUUCCCCUUUGUCUUCCCGCUGCAGAAGAUGGCCUACGUCUUCCUCUUCGUCUUUGUCAACUUCUGGACCAUCAUGAUCCACGACGGCGAGUACCUCACCAACAACCCCAUUGUCAACGGCGCCGCCUGCCACUCGCUGCACCACUCGCGAUUCGAGGUCAACUACGGCCAGUUCUUCACUGCCUUUGACCGCAUGGGCGGCACCUACAGGAUGCCUGAGGACUGGAUGUUUGAAAAGGACAUCAAAAUGUCCGAGGACAAGUGGAAUGCCGAGUCCAAGGCCGUCGACGAGACCGUCAUGGAGGUCGAGGGUGCUGAUGACAGGACCUAUGGCCCUGACCUCAAGACCAAGAAGAACAAAUAA